UAGAAGAUUAAAGAGACGGGGAGAGGAGUUCAGUUAAAUUCUCGUUCCCCGAAUUUCGCUUUUAUUUCAUUCCACGAGCGUUUCAUAUCGUCUCGAUUUCCAAGCUACUUCUCACCUCUCUCCCUUCCCUCUGCGAGUCCGAUCUCGGUCGAUGGAGGUCUGGUUGCGGGGUCGCCCGGACUUCGAGGUGCCCUUCGCCGCCUCCUGGCUCUGCUCAUCCGACAGGUGAAGAUUCGGUGGGGGUUUGGACUGAUCCUCGGCCGUUUGGUGGUGAACUCGAUCCAUUCUUUGCUGCUCGCUCUACAUCAGCUAAAGGAACUGGCCGAUCUCCGGCGAACCGAAGCAUGUGUGGCGGCCCCGAGCGCAUAAGGCCUUAGUCGUUACCAACCUCGCGAGAAGAGAAGCCCAAGAACCCUAACUGUAUCGGUGGUGGCUCCGCCGCCGAAAGCGAUGAACCACCUUGCCGUAGAGCCCGACGACUCGUUCUCGAACCUCCUCGAGCUCGCGGCGAAUAACGAUGUCGACGCCUUCAGGCGAUCGCUCGACCGCGACCCGUCCGCCAUCGACGAGUUCGGCCUUUGGUACGGGCGCGAGAAGGGCUCCAACCGGAUGGUCCUCGAGCGCCGCACCCCGCUUAUGGUCGCCGCCACCUAUGGCAGCCUCGACGUCCUCGGGUUACUCCUCUCGUUGACUUCUUCAGUCGACAUCAACCGUGCGGCUGCGCUCGACGGCACCACGGCCUUGCACUGCGCUGCCUCAGGCGGAUCUCCGAGCGCUGCCGACGCCGUGAAGUUGGUGCUUUCUGCCGGUGCCAACCCCAACUCUGUCGACGCCAACGGCCACCGGCCUGCUGACGUAGUCGUCGUGCCUCCGAAGUUGCCUGAUGUGAGGACUGCGCUGGAACAACUCCUGGGGAGGAGCUCUAAUGGUACAGUUGAAGAUCACCAGCAUUGUGCUCUUCGCGUGACAACGCGACUGUCGAGCUCGGAUUCGCCGCCCCUGUCUUCCUAUCCUGAUGCGAACGGAUCCCCAUUCUCCCGUUCCGCUUCCUCUCCUGUGAUGACUGCAAAGGCCCAAGAAAUCCAGCCACCUGCUUUUCCGGAGAAGAAAGAGUACCCUGUGGAUCCGUCGCUUCCGGACAUCAAGAACAGCAUCUACGCGACUGAUGAGUUCCGGAUGUACUCGUUCAAGGUGCGGCCAUGUUCGAGGGCGUACUCCCAUGACUGGACCGAGUGCCCCUUCGUCCAUCCCGGCGAGAACGCUCGCCGGCGUGACCCAAGGAAGUAUCACUACAGCUGCGUCCCGUGCCCUGACUUCCGGAAGGGUGCGUGCACGAGGGGCGACAUGUGUGAGUAUGCGCAUGGGGUGUUUGAGUGUUGGCUUCACCCAGCGCAGUACCGCACGAGGCUCUGCAAGGACGGCACUAACUGCUCUCGCCGUGUCUGUUUCUUCGCCCAUACUCGCGAAGAGCUCCGGCCUCUCUACGUGUCCACCGGCUCUGCUGUGCCAUCUCCUCUGUCGUCGUGCUCCGCUGCGAUGGAGGCGGUUGCUGCCAUGGGCCUCAUGCCUGGGUCGCCAUCUUCGGUCUCCACCGCAAUGCCUCCCUUCACGCAACCCGUGUCCCAGUCUGCCAACGGUGUCAGCCACUCUUCAUUGGCAUGGGCUCAGCCCAACGUGCCUGUGUUGCAUCUUCCCGGGAGCAAUCUCCAGGCGAGCAGACUGCGCUCGUCUCUCAGCGCAAGAGACAUGCCUUCGGAUGAUUUUUCUGUGAUGCAUGAAUGCGAUGCUCAGCAGCUGAUAGAUGAUCUAUGCUACACUCGUCUGAGCUCUUCUCUGGGGAGUCGGAUGGCACCGUCGAAGACCCUUGCUCCGUCAAACCUUGAUGAUCUCUUCUCAGCUGAAUUUGCCUCGUCUCCAAAAUAUAAAUCUGACGAAGGGCCCUUUUUUUCUCCAUCUCACAAGGCUGCUAUUCUCGGUCAGUUUCAGCAGCAGCAGAGCCUGCUCUCGCCGAUUAACACAGUGUUCUCGCCCAAAGCCACUGAAGGCCACCAGCUAUCUCGUCGCUCAGCUCUGUUGCAGGCCUCACUUGGCCUUUCUUCGCCUGGCAGGAUGUCCCCUAGAAGCAUGGAACCCAUCUCUCCCUUGAAUUCUCAUUCGAGUUUGUAUGCUCACUGGGAGAAACAGCUGCAGACACCACGGAGCAUGAGCUCUCGUGAUCUUGGUUCUGGAACAUCCUUGGUUGUAAGUUCUCCUGUUAAUGCAUCAUGGUCAAACUGGGUGUCGUCGCCCUCUGGGACAUUUGACUGGGGAGUGAAUGGCGACGAGCUUGGUCUUCACAAGCAAUGGCCGUUCUUUGAGCUGCAGGAUAAUGGUGAGGAACCUGAUCUAUCAUGGGUCCACUCUUUGGUGAGAGAAUCCCCACCUGAGAAAAUAGGCACUGUGUCUGUAUUGCUGCCUGGUCCUUCUAGAUUGCAGCCUGCUAAUGGAGUUGAGGGUUCCAAUUCAGAUAGUCAGCCUGACAGCCUUGAUGAAGCUGCAGUCGUUGGUGCCUUUGAGCAGAUGCAGCUUGAUCAAAUGGUACCCUAGCAAGUGUCAAUUUUUUGCUGAACUGCUGGUAUUUGGUAGUGGCUGAUGACCUAAGUAAAUAAUAUUUUUUGGUUUAUUGAAAAGGUGAAUUAGGUGAAAGAAGCUGAAGGUUUAAUUUUUAGAGAUUUAUUUUAUUUUGAAACAAGUUUAUUAUUACUUUACGUUGUUUAGAAAAGACCAAAAAUAUUGAAGGGACCUCAUCGUUGGGUUAUUUCAAUUCUGCCCAGGUUGACUUCUUGUCUAUUUCAAUUUUCUUUACUCUUUUUCCCCAUUGGUUCUUAAUUUCUAAACCCAAGUCUUUUAUGUUUCAUGGCCAUGAAACUUGUGUAGCUCCUAUCUGCUUCUUUUUGGGGUCAAAUUUCUCAUUUCUUUGUCAUAAUGCUGUUUGUCUUGGUGAUAUGGUGUUGAGUCAAGAUUAGACUCUCUUAGGGUUUCAUAUGUUAUGGAUUUGACUAAAUCUUUUGUUUCUGGGAGAAGAAAACAAAUGGGAUGUGUAAUCAAGUGCCGAAAAAGGGACUGGAUAACCAUGGUUGUUCUGGUGGAUCCAAUUGUAGAAAAGAAAUGUUGCACAAGAUUCUGUGUCUGAUGUAAUCUCUAGUUGAACUAAAAUGCUAUUAUUCAAUUCAAUUAUAUUCUGUUGUUCUGUU